UGCUCCCUCUCGGGCUUUCUCGGCCAUGGAGGCCGCAAGCAAUCAGGAGCCGGGGAGAUGCGGAGGCGCUGGCGCCGGCGCCGGCGACGACGAUGACGAGGCGAAGAGGAAGGAGGCGGCGCUUGCAUCAAGCAGGCUCCUCGACCCGUGGUUCAAGCCCUCCAAACUAUCCCAGGACCGGCUCGACAAGUUUAAGGAAUUACACAAGAAACGGUUACAGAUAACUGAAAAGCCAAAGUAUAAAAGAAAACCAAAAGGAACCACUGGGAGAAGUAUCAAAGUCACCAGCGAAUAUAAAUUCACUGAUAAGGAUGCAUCUGCUGAUAGUUCUCCAAGAGAUGUACAUCAUAUGUCAUCAGUUACAGGAAUCCAAGGGGAUCCUGCAUCAGACCUGUCCUCGAGGAACAAAAGGAAGCUACAUUGGGGGCUUGAUAUUAAAGAACGAUGGGAAAGGAAGGCAAAUAUGUAGAAAUCUGAAGAUCCAACAACAAAAAGCAUAUCCACACCGCACUUGAUUGAAAACUUGAAAGCAGGAGGACAAAAGAAAGUGGCAGGCCUUUUCCACGGAUCAUCAGGUUGCUGGUAGGUUCGUGUUUCUGUCAGCAGGCAGAACACUGGAGCGUGAACAGGAGUCCCAGAACUGAGCAGCAAGUUAGUAUAUGAUUUUCAGUGUUUUGUCUGAUAUUUUCUCCAGAUGUUUGGUUGGACUUUGUUGUAUUAUCUGAUCCAAACUUGCAAUUGCGAUGAUAAUUUGUUUACCGGUUCCGCU